UGGUGGAGAAGUGUGAGGGCGGAGGUGAGGCAGCAAGUGCUGGUGUCAGGCAAGAGAGACUGGGAGAGGAAGCAUUAGAUGCAGCAAGCGACAGAAGCGUGAUGUUCUCACCAGAGGCCAAUCAGCAGGAAUCAAAACUUACCCACAGACUUGGAGGUCUUUUUUGCCCAAGGGACUGUCCACAGCAUAACAAAUACAAUAUGUGCACAACCCCAAGUCCGGUUGCCUCAGGGUCGGGGAAGACAGUUCUUCCUGCAACCAAGGUGUUGCUUGGCAACCGUGGGAUCCGGAAUGACGUCACGCAGCCGCGCCACCGGGACCUGUCAGCAGCCCUGCCCCAGCACUUUUACCUGGCCCAAAGGCAACUACCUGGUGAGAAACCCUUUGAAAGUUACGUGGGGAACCUGUCUCGGGAUGUCACAGAGGCACUGAUUCUUCAGGUGUUCAGUCAGAUUGGUCAGUGCAAAAGCUGCAAGAUGAUUAUGGAUACGGCCGGUAACGAUCCCUAUUGCUUUGUGGAGUUCUUUGAACACCGUCAUGCUGCUGCGUCCUUAGCUGCUAUGAACGGGCGAAAGAUAAUGGGCAAGGAAGUGAAGGUCAACUGGGCAACUACUCCCAGCAGCCAAAAGAAAGACGCAAACAGUAGUUCCGUUGUCAGCACACUGCGUUCUCAAGAUCAUUUCCAUGUUUUUGUUGGUGAUUUGAGCCCAGAGAUAACCACCGACGACAUAAAAGCCGCCUUUGGACCUUUUGGGAGAAUAUCAGAUGCACGGGUAGUAAAGGACAUGACAACUGGAAAAUCCAAAGGCUAUGGAUUUGUGUCCUUCUUCAAUAAAUGGGAUGCAGAAAAUGCCAUUGCGCAGAUGGGAGGUCAGUGGCUCGGAGGACGGCAGAUCAGAACUAAUUGGGCCACCAGAAAACCGCCAGCCCCGAAAAACACCUAUGAAUCCAAUACAAAGCAGUUGUCAUAUGAAGAAGUGGUUAACCAGUCCAGCCCCAGCAACUGCACUGUGUACUGUGGUGGAGUUACAUCUGGAUUAACAGAGCAACUGAUGCGUCAGACCUUUUCUCCCUUCGGUCAAAUAAUGGAGGUCCGAGUCUUCCCAGAUAAAGGGUAUUCUUUUGUACGGUUUAGUGCUCAUGAAAGUGCAGCUCAUGCCAUAGUCAGCGUGAAUGGAACCACCAUUGAAGGCCACGUGGUAAAGUGUUACUGGGGCAAGGAGACUCCAGACAUGCUGAAUACUGUUCAGCAGCAAAGCCAACUUAGCUUCCCCCCUCCCUAUGGACAGUGGGGGCAGUGGUAUGGAGGAGCUCAGCAAAUAGGCCAGUAUAUGCCCAAUGGUUGGCAGGUGCCUGCAUAUGGAGUGUAUGGACAAGCAUGGAAUCAGCAGGGAUUUAGUCAAACGCCGUCAUCCGCAGCAGCAUGGGUGGGACCAAAUUACGGCGUGCAGCCUCCCCCUGGACAGAACGGAACACUGAUCACAAACCAAACAGGCUACCGUAUGGCUGGAUACCAAACGCAAUGAGAGGAAGGACUCCCACCCCACAUCAGCACUCUGCUGCUGGCCCAUUUGUUUACUUUGAUACCAUUCUAUAAUCAUGUCAGUGCAGAUGUCAGAUACAGUAUAUUUAUUAAAACAACAACAACAAAAAGUAACCAUUUUUUAAUUAUGACAUGUUCAUCCACUCGGUUAAAACACAAACUACAAAAAAACAAAAAAAAAUUACUAGAGAUGCUGGAUGUUUGCCAAUUUUUGCCUUCCUUUUUCAUUAUUUUAAUUUUUUUUUUUUUUAUAUAAAUAUAUGUAACUGUUACUUAACCCUGUCUCUCUUGACGAGGACAGCCAAGCCUUGCUUGCCAGAUCUUUUCGGCAGUAAAAGGGGUUAAGUUCCUUUUGAAAUAAUAAAACAAAAAACAAUGCAGGGAUCACUGCCAUUUUGGGCAGCAAAUUGCACAAAAAUGUCUCUUUUUCUUUCACUGAAGUAGUGUGCAGUUUUAGAUUGCAUUCCUAGUAUAAUUUGAGAUGUAUUAUAAAGUUUAACUGUACAAAAUUUGUGGCGCUGUUUGUAAAGGUUUAGAUUUUUUUUUCUUUGAAACCUUCAAUAUGAAAAAAAAAAACUUUCAUAUUGUCCAAUCUGUACACACUGUUUAAAAUACUUCUCCCCCCCCCCCCCCCCACACACACUUUUUGUUUUACAUUAAUUUACUUGACCAUUUUAACAUAUUUUCUCCGCCUUCUGAAGUUUGCCGCUGAGAAGGCGGCUGAUCACUCAUUCUCUCCAGUGAUCAUAGGGUUAAACUUCAAAUUCAUCAGAAAUAAUGUGACAUGAUCUGAGCCUGUACCUGAAAACCUGUCUCUCAGAUGGUUCUAUUACCACGUGUUUUUCUGUUCUUGUUUGUGGGGGGGUUUCUGUGGUGUUUUUUUUUUUUUUUUUUCUCUUCAAGGAGGUGCCUAGGAGAAAAUCCCCACAGGAUUUAUUUCUCAAGGAUUUUUAUCUUCUGUGAUCAAAAAAAAAAAAAAAGUUCUGUGGAAACGGGAAAUCUUAUAUUCCUGUGUAAUUAAACAAUUUAAAAGAAA